GAGCGAGAGAUCAACCGAUCCAGUUCGACAGCGAUGAUUUGGCUUCUGUGGCUUUCUCUUGCCAUUAGUGUAGUCGUGCACUGGAUCUAUAAGGUAAACAGAGACUACUGCGUUCUGGCCUUUUUCGCCAGGAGGGUUCGAACCAAGGAUGGAAAACCCCUGGAGAGCAUUGUUCCCAUUACCAAGGGGCGCACCAUCUGUGCCAACAGUUUCGAUUUGUAUGGCAAGGACGCUGCCCAAGUUUUCAGCCACUUGCGCCAGUUGGCCCAGACUUACCACGAAAGCUAUCUUCAAUAUGGCCUGGGCUUUUCGAAUUACAAUGUAACCGAUGCUCACAACGCGGGAAAUAUUCUAAAUCAUCCUAAUUUGAUCACAAAAAGCUACAUAUAUAAUUUUCUACAUCCAUUUCUGAGGACUGGCGUUCUGACCGCAACAGAAAAGAAAUGGCACACGCGUCGAAGUAUGCUGGCUAGGACUUUCCAUUUCGAUAUAUUAAACCAGUUUCAGGAGAUCUUUGUAGCGGAGAGCUUGAAGUUCAUUCAACACUUCGAGGGCCAAAAUGAAUGUGUGGUCUCGCUGAGAGACCGCAUAACCAUAUUCACACUGAACAGCAUUUGUGAAACUGCCAUGGGCGUUAAGCUGGAUGAGAUGGCAGAGAAGGGGGAUCGCUACCGAGAGAUGUUUCACCGCAUCGAUGAGGGCUUCACUAGGCGAAUCAGCAAUCCCCUCUAUUGGGACGAUUGCGCUUACAACCUGUUUGCAGCCCGGGAUUAUGCCUCAGCAUUGAAAGUGGUCCAUGCGUUUUCCAGCGAGAUUAUUGCCAAACGAAGGGUUCUUUUGGAAGAAGAACUGGAGUAUAGACGCGCCACUCAAACGGCUGACGAUGAUAUAUGUGUGGCGAGGAAGAAGCGUUUCGCCAUGCUGGAUACCUUAAUUUGCGCCGAGAAAGAUGGACUCAUCGACAAUAUUGGCAUUUGUGAGGAGGUGGACACCCUGAUGGCUGAAGGACAUGAUACCACCUCCAUUGGCCUGGUGUUUGGCCUAAUGAACAUGUCACUUUAUGCUGAACAUCAGGAACUAUGCUUCCAGGAGAUCCAGGAGCACAUUGAGGAUGACUUAAGCAACCUGAACCUGGGUCAAUUGCAUAAACUAACGCAUCUUACCAACUUUCUGAAAGAAACCAUGCGUCUGUAUCCCUCCAUUCCCAUUAUGGGUCGUCAAACGAUUGAGGAAACCGAGCUUGACAAUGGUUUAAUCCUGCCAAAGGGUUCUCAGAUAAAUUUGCAUGUCUUUGACAUCCAUCGCAACCCCAAGUACUGGGAUUCGCCCGACGAGUUCCGCCCGGAAAGAUUCUUGCCCGAGAAUUGCCAGAAGCGGCACACUUACGCCUUCAUUCCGUUCAGUGCUGGACAAAGAAACUGCAUAGGUCAAAAAUAUGCCAUGCAGGAGAUGAAAACAUUGAUUGUGGUCCUACUCAAGCAGUUCAAGAUUCUGCCAGUUAUCGAUCCCAAGUCCAUUGUCUUUCAAACGGGUUUAACCCUGCGCUUUAAAGACAAAAUAAAAGUCAAGCUCGUGAGGCGGAAAUGCGAUUAGUGGUUAUAUCGAU